UUUAAACUCUUACACGAUUUAAUAAUUUGAAUAAUACAUAUAAGUCUUGUCGGACACUUUUUUAUACAGUUACGAAGGAUUUACUAUCAUUAAACUUAUUAAUUUUUAUUAGCAGCUGAUUAUGGCCAAAUUAACUGAGAAACUUAGUGGAGAAGCCAAAGAUAAUAUCAAGAUCUUACCAAGAUAUGAGAUCAAUUGUGAUAUGGGUGAAGGCUACGGUCCUUGGAAGAUGGGACCCGAUGCUGAAAUAAUGCCUUAUAUUGAUACAGCCAAUAUUGCUUGUGGUGGUCAUGCUGGUGAUCCAAAAAUUAUGAGAGAAACAGUAAGAUUAGCAAAAAAAUAUAAUGUCAGAGUUGGAUCACAUCCUGGACUUCCUGAUAAACUUGGUUUUGGUAGAAGACAGUGGAAGCUUGCUCCCGAAGAUGUUUACAAUGAAGUAGUCUAUCAAACUGGUGCACUUAAAGGCUUUUUAGAAGCAGAAGGGUUACCAUUAUCGUACAUUAAACCCCAUGGUGAACUUUUCUUUUACAUUGAAAGGGAUGAAGAAAUUAUGAGAGCCGUUCUUAGAGCUGCUAAAGUAUUUAAGGUACCAGUUAAGGCCGCUAAAAAUAAACAUUAUGAAGAAGUUGCUGCUGAAGAAGGAGUUGAAUUCAUUCAGGAAUUUUAUCCCGAUUUGAGUUACUCGCCAGAAGGUAAUUUAGUUAAAAUUAUGGCGGGUCCAAAUGCUACUAAAACACCAGAAUUAAUCCAACAAACUGUAUUGAGAGCUGGCUUAAAGGAUGAGGUUGUUGAUACUGAAGAUGUAGUAUUAAAUUUGAAAUUUGAAAGUAGUCCAUUCACUGUAUGCUUGCAUUCAGAUAUGCCAAAUGCAUUAGACAAUGUGAAAUUUGCUCGUAUUGCCAUUGAUGAAAUAAAUAAAGCUAAGGGAUAUACAUUAAGGGAGGCAGUUUCCGAAUAGGGGAUAAUGGUACAAAGUUGAAAGCUUUUUUUAGCUUUUUCUAUAUGACUAUUCUUGUGUACUUCUUCGUAUAGCUUAGAAACUAAAACUAAAACAAAUACAUGUUAGAGUAUUUAAAAAAUAUUAGGUUUUUAGAUAACACCC